AAGAAAAGAUAAAUAAUCUUCCGUCAAAAUCACAUUGGUUGACUCACAAUAUCGUGUGGUGGAGGCCGCACGCAUCGUUGCCUUCUUUCACGGUGGAUCUAAUUAAAAAUACGCUUUUCUAAUCGCAAGUGGCCGUUCCCUAAAGACAAAGAUAUACGGGAAAUAAAAAUAUCGUUGCAAUAUCCGCAGUUUGUGAAGAUUCAACCAAACCAAAUUUUGCCUUAGUUAUCCACUUCAAAUAUGCAGGACCCCAACGAAGAUACCGAAUGGAAUGAUGUCCUCCGCGCCAAGGGCAUUAUUCCACAGAAGCCUAAGGAAAAGGAAAUUACCGAAGAUGAAAUUAUUGGCAUGAUCGAAAGCACCAUCGCUGAGAAGCAAAAUGGGAAGGAUUUGUCUCAGCUCGAUCUCGACGAGCUGGAUGAGUUGGAGGACUCGGAGGAUGAGGCAGUACUGCAACAGUAUCGACAGAAGCGUAUUGCAGAAAUGCAAGCGGCAGCAACCAAGGCACGUUAUGGCACGGUGCGCGAAAUUUCAGGCCAGGACUACGUCGAGGAAGUGACAAAAGCGGGAGAAGGUAUCUACGUAGUGCUUCACCUUUAUAGCCGCGGAGUUCCGUUGUGUGCGUUGAUCAACCAGCACUUAACGCAGCUGGCAAUCGCUUUUCCGAUGACAAAGUUUGUCCGGGCAAUCGCUACCACGUGUAUUGCAAACUAUCCAGAACGCAACGUGCCAACCAUAUUCGUUUACUUUGAGGGUCAGCUGAAGAAACAAUUCAUCGGGGCAGUUGAACUGGGUGGGCCAAAUCUUACAUGCGAUGAGUUGGAAUAUAUGCUCGGGCAAACCAAAGCAAUUGAAAGCCUAAUUAAAGAAGAUCCACGAGAGUCGCGGAAGAUUAAAGACAAAAUGUUUGCGGAACUGUCGGACAAUAACGAUUGGUAGGAGGAUGGUUGGUGUUGCAAAUGUCGGCAUUUUUCUACACAAUCUAAUAAAAUUAUCUGCUAUUUAUUGAUAAUAAACAA